GGCAAGUUGUAAGUUUCCCUUUUUAUUAAGCCUCAUUCCAUCUAGUUCUGCUGUAACCUGAGGUGGAGACUCCAAGAUCCGGAGGAUCCCAUUGGGACGGAGCCACAGUGGAGACAGACCGAGGCUAACAGAAGCUUCAGCAUGGUUCCAUCAGAAGCUGCAGAGCGCGUGCAGCUCAGGUCGAUUCCACGGCUCCCGGUGACCCCGUGACCUCGCUGCUGAUGCAGCUGAAACGGGACUCCGUCUUUCCACCAGAACAAAAGGCCGUCACGCUCCGCGGCACAAACAGCUCCGGGACAAAGCGGGCCGUGUUUCCAGAACUCCGUUUCCCCAUAAAUCCCGGAGGCGAGCCGGCAUGGGGGGUUUGACCGCGGGGAGCCGCCAAGCGCCAUGCCUCUGCCCCGACGCCACUCUUCCUUCCUGGGACAGUCGUCCUCCGAGCACCCGGCCGCCUCCUCUGGCGGGAGGACGAGCGCAGCCGGCGUCACGAUGCCCCGCGGCGCGCCGGUGGGGCCGGGAGCCGCCUGCGGCUUGGGGACGCGCGUUUCCCGCCGGGCUCUGGGCAUCAGCAGCGUGUUCUUGCAGGGGAUGAGGAGCUGCACCGCGCCGGUGCUGCCCCAGGCCGGAGACCGGGCCGCUGGCGGCGGCGCCACGGGUCUGAACAGCUGCCUGAUGGAGUACCGGGACAAAGUCCAGGCGCUGGAGGAGCUGAACCGACAGCUGGAGCAGCAGAUCCGCCUCAGUCUGGACCGCAAGGCGGCCAGCGCCGGGGCCUGGGGGCCGCUGCGCAGGGAGUGGGAGGACAUCUACCGGCAGGUCAGUGAAGCCAUCCUGGAAAACGCUCGGCUGAUGCUGCAGACGGAGAACGUUCAGGCCAACGCCGAAGACUUUAAAGAAAGGCUGGACAGCGAGGCGUCCCUCAGGACGGCGGUGGAGGACGAGGUCGGCUCGCUCCGCCGGGUGAUGGAGGAGGCGGCCGUGACGAAGGUGGAGCUCGAGGAGCGGAUGGAGAGCAUGAGGGCGGAGCUGCGGCGCCUGGAGAGCCGCCAUGAGCAGGAUGUCCGCGCCCUAUACAGCCGGACCGCCGGACGGGACGUGGACGAACCCGACGCUCCCGUGGAAACGGGUCUGGACCGGAUCCUGGCCCACAUCCGGAUCCACUGGGAGCAGCUGACGGAGCGGAACCGGGCCGACACCGACGGCUACCUGGAGUCCAAGGAGGCGCCGUCCGCGGCCAGCCGUCUGAGUGCUGAGGAGCAGCAGGCGGAGGCGCUGAAGGCGGAGUGCAGCGACGUGAGCUGCAGGAUCCAGAGUUUCCAGGCUGAGACGGAGUCCAUCAGGGCACUGAAACGAGGCCUGGAGAACUCGCUGAGUGACGCCCGCCACUGGCACCAAGUGGAGCUGCAGAACCUGGGCUCAGUGGCGGCGCGACUGGAGGCGGAGCUUAGCGACGUGCGGAGCGAGAUCGAGCAGCAGCGCCGCGACUUUGACAUGUUGCUAAGCAACCGACAGCGACUGGAGCAGCAGAUCGGCCUGUACCAUGGCAUCCUAGACGGAGAGGAGAACCGCUUCCUGCAGAGCAACGUGCCGCUGUGUUUUGCUGCAGACUCCAGGCCUGAAGCUCCACCCCCUGCAGAACCUUCUGGACCAGCCAGCCCUCCGGCCCAGUGAAGACUCCGGUUCCGGUACCACUGGAUCAGGGGACCGGGUCGUUAACGAACCUCUGUCAACCAUCAGAACCACCCAGUCAAACCAGACCAACAUCUACAACGACCAGAACCGCUGGAGACCAAAACGGACCUGGUUCUAAUCGGGUCCAGGUGGGACCGACACGGUCGGGAUGAGAUGCAGUGUGAGUGUGAUGAGUCCGAGGACCAAUUUGGACCUCACAGUUCUGGUUCUGUUUCCGCUCCAGACUGUAGUCCUCCUGUUCUGACCAACAUUUCCUGUUUGUUGUUUUCAAAAUAAAAUUGACUUAAGGUGAA